AUGAACACAAUUACAGACAGCUCUUUACCAAUUUCACUCGAUUCUGAAAAGUUAUCUGCUAGAAAUAGUCAGUCUGCCACAACCAUUUCCAAUAGUAGUGUCGAUAGCACAAGUACUGUGCUUCAAAAAGACGUUGUUUCAUCAAGUAACAUCGCUCCGACUCUAACAUCAUCGCAUCAGUCACCGUCCAAUGUAGUUCAAUCCAAGGCACCCGUACUGUCUCCUCUCAAGAAAUCAAUCUGCGACCAUCCUCUCAGCAGUGAUACGAUAAAAUCACCCUCAACAUGUCACACAUCUUCAGGAGAGGUCUCGUCUUCGUCACCAAUUCAUAUACCUCACAACCACGUAGAGAAGCUUAGACAUGGCAUCAACUCCAACGAGCAGCGAUACAUUCUUCUUCAAAUAUGCCCAAUUCAUGACCUUCUCUCGAAACAAAAGGAUUUAUACGGCACUGAUUUCAUAGCGAACUCGCUUGUCACGAUCAAGUUUUCACAGAAGGAUCUAAAUUUCAUAUUCGAGCUAUUCACAUCCAAAAUUACUCUUCACACGAGAGAAUUCAGCAAGCAACUGUUUGAACAAUGUUUUGAUGGAGCGUCAGCAAUGAAAGUUGUCAUGGACAUUAUUUCUCAACACUUCAAACAUGUUCUGAGUGCAAGUCUCACCUUGGAGAAAUUAUCGCUCCAUAUAGGACAAUACUUUUUGACGACUGGCAAGUUUGAACAUGUGUUGCGAGAACAUUGCUUUAAGAAUGUAAAUACUCUAUUCUAUCAUCUUUUGAAUAAUAGCACAAAACCAUUAGAUACAACACCGCCAACCACUCCACUACCAUACAUUUCCUCCUUCGCAACCAUCAAAUUACCCAAGUCUCCAAAUUGGUUUUUACUCAUUCCUCAAAGUGACACCUUUAUCGCUCAACAUUCAACUAACAGCGUUGAAUUGUUUCAAUGUCCUCUCGAUGCUCAAUCGAAUGUUAACACUUCUAUUCAAUAUUCACCAAUUCUACGAAAUGUCAGUCUUUCUCAACUUAAAUACGCCCUCCUUCAUGAAUUACUGCCUCAAGAGGAAGGAGUAGAAAUGCUGUUAAGAAACGAUGACAUUGGUUUAUUUACAUUUUUACAGAGGACCAAAUUUCAAGAGUAUCCCGAUUACAUUACCAUUCAACUACUGUCCGUACGUUCCAUGCAUCGACUAACUUCUCAAUCCACCUUUGCUGCAUUCAGUAUCAGUAAAUAUGGUUACAGUGACUGGGGUGCCAAUAAGGAACGAUUGUUGAACUGGUCGGACAAGUUGGUGAAAUUGUGUCAGUCCUCAGAGUGA